AUGAGUUCUUCUAAGGCAAUUGCUCUUCUCAUUUUAAUCAACUUCAUCUUUUUCACUUGUGUCUCCUGCCACAACUUCCCAUGCCCCCCUCCAAAAGCCUCUCUGGCGGUUCCCUCGACCCCAAAAAAACCAGCCAAUUGCCCUAAAGACACCCUAAAGUUUGGUGUUUGUGGUGACUGGCUCGGACUGGUUCAUGAGAUUAUUGGGGCCAAACCUAGCAGCCAGUGCUGCGCCCUGAUUGCAGGACUUGCUGAUCUUGAAGCUGCAUUGUGUCUAUGCACUGCCAUUAAGGCCAAUGUAUUGGGUGUCAUCAAGCUCAAAGUACCUAUUGCUCUCAGUUUGAUCAUUAAUUCUUGUGGAAAGAAGGUUCCUACAGGCUUUGUGUGUGCAUAG